AUGAUGCAAAUCUCUGAGGUUUUCCCAUGGUACUAUCAGCUUCUGUUUAUGAUUCUUGAACCAAGUGUGAUAUUUAUUGCACUUUUCUUCAUCCCCAUAUCACCAUCAAACCAUUUCCACUCCCUCGCACCGUCUGAUAGCACGGGGCCUUUCUGGUCGCCCUCUGCUAUACACAAGCUAUGUGACGCCCAUUCAGCCUGGAACACUCCGCAGCUUCGCGGCCUCUGGUAUUCAUACAUCUCCGCUCUUGCAUUUAGUGGCAUUAUUGAGCCGAUGGUUCUGUACGUAGCGCGAUACAAGCUGCGAGAUAUACGUGACGCGGAGGAGGUGAUAAAGACAGUUUUAGUUGCUUUUAUAGCCUUUGACAUCUUCCACGCAAGCGCAACUUUAGCUGUCACGGGUACGGCGGCGGCACUUCCUGGAUCACAGAGUCACAUAUAUGCAAUGGUUAAUGUUUGGGUUCCUAUGGCGUGGAUGCUUUUGCGGAUAUUGUGGAUAGUAGGUGCUGGGAGAAAGUCAGCCAUGACUGGUAUGAAGCGCGAGUAA